AUGGCAGCCAACAGCUCGGGUGGGAUGCAGGAUGCUCUGCUGGACAACUCCUUUGUCAGCAAUGAUGAUCUCUCCGACUGGUACAUCUAUGAGACCCUGGAGCCAUCUGCACCUCAGGAUGACAUGUUCCCCAGCAUAAUCCCAGACUGUGAGCCCACCGUUUCUCCCAGGCUGUACCACAUCUGCAUGGCACCCAUCUCUCUGGCCGUGCUCCUGGGCUUGUCCUUGCUGGUGAAACGAAGGCGCCUUCAUCAGAGCUGCUGGAAUGGCAUCCCAGGACUGCUCAGCCCAGCCAACUUUCUGGAGGAGGAAGGCAACCGAGGGCUGGUGGCCUCCGUGUUUGGCAUCUUGUUCUCCUCCCUGUGUGUGCUGAUCUUGGACAAGGACCCUCUGCCACUCCUGGCCCCCUCCUCCCAGAGCACCCGGGAAUAUUGGAAGAUCCUGGCUUUGCUCUACUACCCUGCCUUCUAUUACCCCCUGCUCGCCUGUGCCACCGUCAGGCACAAGCUUGGCUACCUCCUGGGCUGCCUGCUCUCCUGGUGCCACUGUGCCAUCCACAUCUGGCAGAAGGUGGAUUGUCCCCAGUCACCAAAGAUCUACAGGUACUACUCCACCCUCUCUUAUGUCCCCAUCAUCCUCUGCCUUGUGCUCCUGAGCUUUUGGUAUCCAGCCCUGCUCAUCAGGAGCUUCACCACACAGGAAGAGACCUGGGAUAACAAGGUUCCAGGGAGAGGUUACUACAAGAAGUACCUGAAGGCCAUCCUGUCCAAGCGCCCUGGGAAAGAGAGCUCCACGAAGAUAGAAGAGAGCCUUCUCUCACGGGUCCGGAUGUAUUUACGCUCCUACACCUACACCCCUGAGGAAGGUUUCCGGCUCCCUCUGAAGCUCCUCCUCUCCGUGUCCCUGGCUCUGAUCGCUGUCUACCAGGUGGCCUUGCUGCUCCUGGUGGCCGUCAUCCCAACCAUCCAGAUCAUCAGGGCAGGGAUGACCAAGGACGUGGUGGUGUUGCUGGUCCAGUUUGGAUUGGUGCCCUCGGAGAACCCGGCUGUCCCAGGGGACAUGGAGAAGGAGCUCAGCACUGUCAAGCACUACCUGUGGUCACUGGAAGUCUGCUACAUCUGCUCCCUGGUGCUCUGCUGCCUGCUCACCUGCGCCAUGCUGCUGCGGACCCUGGCCAUGCACAGGACCAACCUGAAGGCUCUUUACCAAGGGGCCGUGCUGGAUGUUUUCUACAAAGCCCACAUCCUCCGCCCGUCCCGACGAGCCAUCGUCUGCUGGAUGAGCUUUGCUGCCUUCCAGACAGCUUUUGCCUGCCUAGGUCUCCUCAUCCAGCAAGUGAUUUUCUUCAUCUGCUCGGUGGCCUUUACCUUCCUUGUUGUCAUCCCUCUCCAGUCCGGCACAAACACCUACCUCUUCAAAGUCAUCCAGAACAUGUGGCCCUUCUGGCUGACCCUGGUUGUUGCUGUCAUCGUACAAAACUUGAUGGCUCACUACCAGUUCCUGGAGCAGCUUUCUCUCCAGAAGGAGCUCACCAACAGGCGAGCUCUUUACAUCGUCACCUACUUGCUCUUCCCCAUCAACGUCCUGGUGGGUGUCCUGGCUGGGGUCUGGAGGAUGAUCAUCUCUGCCCUGUACAACGCCAUCCACUUCUGCCAGCUGGACAUCAGCCUCCUGAAUCGCAGCGUGGAGACCUUCGACCCGGGCUACCACACUUACUGCCACUAUCUGAAAAUCGAGGUCAGCCAGUCCCACCCGGUGAUGAAAGCUUUUUGCUUGCUGCUCCUCCAGCCAGCCAAGCCCCAGGGGACAGCGGGGCUUCGGGCCACCAAUAUCGAGGAAGGCAUCCAGCUGAUGCAGCCCAGGAAGGCACCGCCCUGCAGAUCCAGGUUCAAGCAGAGCAGAGCCCGCUGGGGCCUGGCCUACACCCUCCUCAACAACCCCUCACUGACAGCCUGCAGGAAAAAUGCCCUCUCUGACCCCAUGGCCAAUGGCACCCAGCUCAGCUCCCCCAAGCCCUGA